CUGAGAAGAAAUAAAGGAAGCAACGCGUCUAUCGAUAAAUGUUAGGAACGAAACAACUACCGUAAUAGGAAACAAUAGGAAAAAGGAGUUGAGGCCCGUUCGUCUCAAAACUCUCAGAUCGCUUUGAUUUUGGCAUUCACGAUACUCGAUUCGGAAAAUUGCUUCACCGCUCUUUUGCUUGUGCAUUAAUUCCAAGUUGAAGAAAAAUGGAAGGUGGAAAAGACAAGCGUGAUCACGAGUCUAGUGACAAAGGGCUGUUUUCAAGUCUUGCCGGAUAUGCUGCUGGACACUACCCUCCACAUGGAUACCAUCCACAGGGAUAUCCACCUCAAGGAUAUCCCCCGCAAGCCUACCCACCAGCUGGGUAUCCACCUGGAGCUGGAUAUCCUCCUCCAGGUGGAUACCCACCUUCUGGAUAUCCUCCCCCAGGUGGAUAUCCUCCACCUGCUGGAUAUCCUCCCCCAGGUGGAUACCCUCCACCAGCCUAUCCUCCCCCAGGAGGAUAUCCCCCAUCCAGUUAUCCUGGUCCAUCAGCUCCAUAUCAUUCAGGACAUGGACCUGGUAUGGGAGCAUUGCUAGCAGGGGGUGCUGCUGCAGCAGCUGCUGCUUAUGGUGCUCACCAGCUCUCCCAUGGUGCUCAUAGUCUUGGACAUGGGGGUUACCAUGGCUUUGGUCAUGGAAAGUUCAAACAUGGCAAGUUUAAGCAUGGGAAAUUUGGCAAGCGCUGGAAGAAUGGCAUGUUUGGGAAACAUAAGUUCAAGAGAUGGAAGUGAUGCAGAUGUAACGUUCGCUUGGAGCUCAAGGCUUUCUUUCAUGUUAUUAUUCAAAGGGGGAAGGUUUGCUGUUAUAUGCUAACAAUAUUUUCUUUCUUGUAGUGCCAGAAAUAAGUUCUUAAGGUCUUUUUUGUCUGACGACGAAAAUGUAAAGUGUGUUGUUUAUAUGAUUGCGGUUGCUUUUGUUUGCU